AUGAACUUCACUUUUGUUCCGGAAGAAAGUGGCCUUUCCGAUGAACAAAUUAUUCGUGAGUACAUAAACGAACCCUCUUUAAACGAUUUUCGAGACAUAAGAGGGAAAUGCAACGAGUUUUUUCUUUUCCGCACAAACGUUGUUAAUGCCCUAAAAAGGGGCGGACGACCAACAACGGCCUCUCAAGUAUCCAAACUGGCUUCAAGCAUGUGGCAAAAAAUAUCUCCAGAAGAAAAAGAGAAGUACGUGGAACUAUCGGUAUUAUUGUCCAGAAGAAAUCUCGGCGGGACAAAUAUAAGCGUAUCGACAAAUAUUAAAAUACAAGAAACGACCAUUAUAACAAUCUAUAAUCCCAAUGUCGAAUUUUACGUUUUUUCGAAAAAUAUAUGGACAAAAGAAGAUGGAAAAUUAUUUGAAACAUGA